AACAAGAUUGACUCAAUUUUUUUGGGCAAAAAGAAGAUGAAAUCGGGGUCGGGUUGGGUCGUGGAAGGAGUUGAGUAAUUUUCUUAAAAUCGGAUAAUUAAAAUUAAUUUGAGAUUUUCCGUCCAAAUAGGGGUAUAUGUGUAAACUUUGUUGACGACAGGAGUAUAUUUGUUCACUUUCACUAACGGAGAAUAAACUUAGCUAAUAAAAUAAAGUAAAGGGUAUAUUUGACUCUUUCCCCUUGUUUAAACGUCCAUUUAUGUACGAGUCAAAAAAUACUAUAACACAUUGACUUACUAUUGAUUCUCUUUGUUUGCACUCCCAUCACACCUUACAAAAAAUGGAGAAUAUUCAACACAAUCAUGUGAAUGUAAGAGGCCUCAAGCUUCACUUUGCAGAGAUUGGAACAGGUCCUGUUGUAGUGUUUCUUCAUGGAUUCCCCGAGAUAUGGUACUCGUGGAGGCAUCAGAUGAUAGCAGUGGCGGAGGCAGGAUUUCGAGGUAUAGCCCCGGAUUAUAGAGGCUAUGGUUUGUCUGAUAUGCCUAAAGAACCUGAGAAGACUAAAUUCAAGGACCUUGUUGAUGAUUUGCUUGACAUGCUUGAUUCAUUGGGCAUCCAGCAGGUUUUUCUUGUGGGGAAGGAUUUUGGAUGUCGAGUAGCUUACCAUUUUGCACUGCUACACCCUGAUAGAGUUUCAGCAGUUGCAACACUUGGAGUUCCAUUCCUUCCCACUGGUCCAGUCACAAUUCCUCGAGAUCCCCUUCCCAGAGGUUUCUAUGUGUUGAGAUGGCGGGAACCAGGGCGAGCUGAAAAGGACUUUGGGCGAUUUGAUACGAAAACAGUAGUUAAGAACAUAUAUAUUCUAUUCUCGGGAAGUAAAAUGCCAACAGCAAAGGAUGAUGAGGAAAUAAUGGACUUGGUUGAUCCUUCUACUCCAUUACCUGCCUGGUUCACUGAAGAAGAUCUUGCAAACUAUGCAUCUCUUUAUGAAAAGUCUGGCUUUCAGACUGCACUGCAGGUGCCUUACAGGUCUCGACAAGAAGAAUAUGGAGUUGAAGAUCUCAAAAUCAAAGUUCCAUGUUUGCUUCUAAUGGGAGAGAAGGAUUACGCCCUUAAGUUUGGUGGAUUAGAGCACUUCAUAUCAAGUGGAAUGGUUAAAGAGUAUGUACCUAAUCUGGAAAUCACAUUCUUACCAGAAGGAAGUCAUUUUGUCCAAGAACAGUUUCCUGAACAGGUCAAUCAGUUGAUCAUCACCUUCCUCAAUAAGCUCAUACGACGAAAAUGAAUCGAAGCGACGUAUUUUUCUACUGUGUGUUUCUCUGAAAUCUCUGAAGUAAAUAAGAUAAUUUCUCGCAGUUGAAUGCUGAUUACAUGUUGAUCAAACUAUACCAUAUCACAAUUUCGGCAUAUCUCUACUUGUAUGUUCAUGUUGAUCAAUAAAUAGGGCAACAGUUGUACA